UCCGUUGUUACCGCGGAGUGAUACAUGCCGGCUUGACUCUCGCUUUUCGGCGGAGUAGGAGGAGAACGGUGCUCCGGCGGAGGAGAGCGGUGCUCCGGCGGAGGAGAGGACCAGGCAGGCAGGGAGCGAGCGAGGCGAGGAACCCCGGCCACCCCCUCCCCCGCUCCCGGAGAGAGCGAGAGUCGGACCCGCUGGACUCCCCACCAUCCCCCUAACCCCCGAGAGAAAGAGAGGGAACCGGGUUGCCACGGGAGAGGCCUCGGUGCAGGGCUGCAGCAUGUUCGCGUCGGUGAAGGCCUUCGAGGGGCAGCAGUACUCCACCCUGAAGAGGCAGUGCCUGCAGAGUGGCCUGCUCUUCGAGGACCCCCGCUUUCCCGCCACCGACGACUCGCUCUUCUACCAGGGCAACAGGAUCGGACGCGUGGUGUGGAAGAGGCCGCGGGAGCUGUGCGAGGACCCUCACCUGUUCGUGGACGGCAUCAGCGCACACGACCUCCACCAGGGCCAGCUAGGGAAUUGCUGGUUCGUGGCAGCCUGCUCCAGUCUGGCCUCCAGAGAGUCACUAUGGCAAAAAGUGAUUCCCGAUUGGAAGGAGCAGGAGUGGGACACGGAGAAGCCCGACUCAUACGGCGGCAUCUUCCACUUCCGCUUCUGGCGCUUCGGCGAGUGGGUGGAUGUGGUGAUUGACGACCGGCUGCCCACCGUGGACAACCAGUUGGUCUACUGCCACUCUAAUGACAGCAACGAAUUCUGGAGCGCCCUGGUGGAGAAGGCCUACGCCAAGGUGUAUGGCUGCUACGAGGCUCUGGACGGUGGCAACACGGCGGACGCGCUGGUGGACUUCACGGGUGGGGUCUCAGAGCCCGUGGACCUGCUGGAGUGUCAGAUGGCCACGGACGAGGCAGCCCGCAACCAGUUGUUUGAACGAGUCCUCAAAGUGCACAACCGAGACGGCCUCAUCAGCUGCUCCAUUAGGGCGACCACGGUGGAAGACAUGGAGGCGCGGCUGGACUGCGGCCUGGUGAAAGGCCACGCUUACGCCGUGACAGAUGUCCGAAAAGUGCGGUUGGGUCACGGGCUGCUGGCGUAUUUCAAGUCGGAGAAGCUACACAUGAUUCGCAUGAGAAACCCGUGGGGGGAGAAGGAGUGGAGCGGCCCGUGGAGCGACAGUUCAGAGGAGUGGAACAAGGUGAGCAAGAGCGAGAGGGAGAAGCUGGGUGUCACCGUGCAGGACGACGGCGAGUUCUGGAUGACAUUCGACGACUUCUGCCAGUACUUCACCGACCUGAUCCUGUGCCGCCUCAUCAACACGUCAUACCUCAGCAUCCACAAGACGUGGGAGGAGGAGGUGAUGCGGGGCUCCUGGCGCCACCGCCAGGACCCCCUGCGCAACCGCUCCGGCGGCUGCAUCAAUCACAAGGCCACCUUCCUCCAGAACCCUCAGUAUGUCUUUGAUGUGAAGAAGGUGGAGGAUGAAGUGCUGAUCUGCUUGCAGCAGAAGGAGAAGAGAGCCACACCCAAAGAAGGGAAAGGGGAGAACCUUGCCAUAGGCUUCGAUAUCCACCAGGUGGAGCUGAACCGCAAGUACCGCAUGCACUCGGCCCAACAGAAGGUGGCGGGCUCCAUCUACAUCAACUCGCGCUGCGUCUUCCUCAGGAAGGAGCUGAAGGAGGGCCGCUACGUCAUCAUCCCCACCACCUUCGACCCGGGCCAGCAGGGAGACUUUCUGCUCCGCGUCUUCACCGACGUGCCUUCGGAUUGCAAAUUCCGGGUUGAUCGCUUCAGAGAGCUGACCCUGGACGAGCCUCCUCAGACGUGCUGGACGGGCAUGUGUGGCUACCCUCAGCUGGUCACCCAGGUCCACGUUCUCAACGCUGAGGGUCUGCAGGGACAGGAUUCCAAUGGAGCGGUGGACCCGUACGUCAUCAUCACCUGCGAAGGCGAGAGGGUCCGCUCGCAGGUUCACAAGGACACCCGCUGCCCCAACUUUGACAUCAAGGGUCUGUUCUACCGCAAGAAGCCCAAAGAGGGAGUCCACAUUGAGAUCUACAACAAGAACAUGAUCAUGGACACGUUCCUGGGUCAGGUGGUGAUGUUCAGCGACCCCAACGAGCGUCAGGAGCAGCACACGCUGCACCUCCGCGACAAGGGCAGUCGCCAGGACAGCGACCUGCCCGGCACGCUCACUGUGCGCCUCAUCACCUCCACCACGCUCACCAACAUUUAACCGACCCUUUGCAUGCUCUUUGCCCGGUUUCUCACACCAUCUUUUUUCCUCUCGCAGCAGCUUUUUUCCUUCUCCAUUUCUCUUGCCGUUUUUCUUUCCGACGUUUCUCAACUUUUUUGUAUUUCCCCGAUUUCUCACAAUUGUUUUUUUGUGACUAACGAACAUUUUUUUUGUCUCUUGUUUCUCUUAGCCAUUUACUUUGUUCCCCCCAUUUCUAACACAAAUGUCUUCUUUACCCCAUUUUUCCUAUUGCUUUUUUCUUUCCUCGUUACUUUCAGCAUUUUUUUAUUUUGCUGUUGCCUGUCAUUGUUUCUCUCCAUUUCUCUCGCCAUUUUCUCUUAACCCUUUUUCUCACCAAUUUCUUCAACCUUUCAACUGACAUUACAAAGGCCUUUAUUUACUUAAAUAAUUUUUCUUCACCCUCGUUGCUUCUGUUGCGCCGGACGUUUUGCAGCUGAAAAAAAGGCCAACUUGGGGCGCUUUAUCCCUCCUUUUGGUUAUUUUUCUUUUUCAUUCCACGUGAGAUGCACAUAUGCAGACAUUUCUGCACUCGCAUGCAUGUGCCAACGUUUCCAAGGGCUCGGCAUUGCCUUAAGGCUGCGUUUGUCUGUCUUUCACGUGGAUGGGGGCAAGGGUGGUUUGGGUUGGUUUUUCGCUGUCUGUCAGCUGUCU